AUCAAGGCUUCGGCUUCCGGGGCCCGAGGGCCUUAAGCCAUCCCCCUGGUUAUCAGAUCCGCGAUUACGCUUACGCGCCACCCGUUAUCGGCCACUGUGACCGUCAAAGCAGCCGGCCGGCCAUCACACCACCGCACGCCGCGGUCAUCUCUUGCCUCGUCCUUGUCACGACUAGACUCACACUGACGCAGCGUCACACGCCUGCGACGCACGCCGAGCACAUAUAAGCCCCCAGGCAGCACCUAGCCCUCAAGGCACAAACCCUUCGACCUACCUACCCGAAACGUGCUCGGAUCACACCGGCUCCAAGCUCACCUUUUAAGAGCCUUGGCAUCUCGUCGACCUCUCUCCACCUCCCCCUCCUCGUCGACAAUGUAUAUCCCCGUCCUGUCCUCCGUGUGGCCGGCGAACACGCCCGGAGAGCACAAGGCAAGCGGGUACGCGUACGUCCGCGCGCCGGCGCUCGAGCGGUACACUGCGCCCAAGCCGACGCUCAAGGUCGACGGCUCGCGCGUCCUCGAGCUCAAGGAGUCGGCGUUUUCGGUGUUCUACCCCUCCGAAGUGGGCGGAGGGCCCAUCGGCGUGCCGUGGGUCGUUGACCCCGUCGGGGGCGUGUUGGCGGGCUACGAGAAGUUCAUGAGCGCCGGCGGUGGCGGCGGUCCUGCCGCGUGGCUGUUCGGCGCUUUGCGGUUCGUCGCGGGUCGGUUCAAGAUGGCAGUGGAGCGCAACGCACCCCUCGUCAAGAGCGACAAGCCGCUCCCCAUCGUGCUCUUCUCGCACGGCAUGGUGGGCACACGCACAACCUACAGCCAGUACUGCACCGCGCUCGCGUCAGAGGGAUACAUUGUGCUGUCAGUCGAGCACCGCGACCACUCGGGCCCGUGCGUCAUCUUCCCCGCGGACGAGGAGCACCCCGAGCCCCGCCAGGUGCUGUUCACCAAGUUUGCCGAGUGCGACUUCGACCCCAGCCUGGAAGACCCCGAGAUGCUCGACCUGCGAUACCUCCAGCUCGAGUUCCGCGUGCGCGAGCUGUACGAGGCGUACGGGACCUUCAAGCGGCUGGUGGCUGGCGACGCGGGCGUGAUAGUCGAGAAGCUGGCAGAGGAAAAGCGCGCGGCGUUCGUGUCGUCGUUUGCAAACAGAGUCAACUGGAACGACGUCCGCGUCGCGGGCCACUCGUUUGGCGGCGGCACCGCGAUGCACCUCCUCCAGACGCCCCCGCCGGGGUCGUACGCGCCCCUCAACGUCACGUACUGCGUCGCGCUCGACCCAUGGACCGAGCCGUAUGGCCAGAUGCAGAAGCGCACCGGGUUCCAGAUCCCUGACAAGAAGUACCCGCCGACGCUGUCGAUCAACUCGGACGAAUUUACGAACAAGGAGCCGAUGUUCAGUCUGCUCGUCGACUCGAGCAAGCGGAUGGGAGGUGCGCUCGUCUCGAUGGUGGGCGUGGGCCACCAGGGGUACUCAGACUUCCCGAUCGUUUCGUCUAUGCCGUCGACGGCAGCGGCAAACUACAAGACGAUGCACGACCUCACGAUCGCGCUGUUCGAAGACAAGUUGAACGAGAGCCCCCUGAUGGCGGGCAAGCCCGACGGAGGCGUUUUGACCGGGUACCCCGGCGGCAAAGCCGGCGGCAAGUACGGCGAGGUGCUUGUGCAUCUGCGUCUUGGCGAAAGCUUGACGCCGACGGCGAAUGGCAAGGUCGUGACGCCGCCAGAGGCCGUGACGACGACGACGACGGUGGCGGGUGUCAAGGUGUCGGCGUAAGUGCCACAAUUCACAAGUGCCACAUUGUCACCGUCACUCCUUCCCUUUCUCCCUGUUCUAGUUUGUACCACAUGCGACACUGGACUUUUACACGAA